AUGGAAGAGGCUGAGGCAGAGCAAGAGGAGGAUGAGCUCCCCAUGUACCAAGAGCACUACAAUGCUCUCUUCUCCAUGGACUUUGUGGAGACCAAGUACCCACAUGAUGACACCAUGAGGAUCUUGGAAUCUUUGAGGAUGUGGAGUUGGUGCUCAAGAACAUGCAAUUGGCCAAGUUCUUCUCACCGCAUGGAGUCUUACAAGGAGCUGACUUGCAGCUUGAGAUCUGUUUGGGUUCACUAUGGAGAAGGUAACCAAUGGAACAUCAAGGAAGAAGGAACUCCAAAGAGUUGGGCUACAAUCGCUGAGGGGUACUCUUCCUCAAGGUCCAAGGCUGCUCAGAUCAGGAGCCCAGUGCUUAGAUAUGUGCACAAGGCACUUGCCAACACCUUCUUUGCAAGGAAAGCCACUGGACAAUCAAUGAGGGAGAAGUGA